UGUUAUACAUAGUUUGAAUAUCUGUCAAAAAAAAACAAAAAAAAAUACUGCACUCUUUAAGCACAGUGGUCUAUCGUUAUCGGUUCUCGGUUAUCGGCCAACGUCCAUCUCUAGCAAGCAAAAAGACCUAGGGAGUUUUUAAAAUUAAAAUUUGCAAUUUUUCGCUAAUUCGCGUUGAAGAAACGAUAAGUCGCUAUAAAGUUGGCAAGUGCCGGGUGCGAGGCGUCAAAGAAACACCCGACUAAUUCCAAAUCAGAGCAGAAAAGCCUUAAAAAGCAAUAACAACGCGUUCAUAGCUGCCCGUGUGUCUGUGUGUGUGCGUUGUUUUUUUUGUUUAUUUGGCAAUUUCGGCUGUGGCCUACGUGAUUAAAAUAAGCUCAAGCGCAUAACAGUGAAAUGGUGGAGAGCACCCUUGGCUAAAAGCGAGCGACGGCCGCGGAGCAAUUGAUAGCCAUAAUCUCGAAAAGGUGGCGGUGUGGGUGUGUGCAAGUGUUGGUGCGACGGGGGCGAAGGUGGAAAAACGCGAGCCAGCCAGUCAAGGUUAAAAAUUGCACUGUCUUGGUCUCAGGGCUAGUCGGGAGGGUCUGUACACUCCUACGCUAUGGCCUAGUAUAGCCCCAUAAAGACUUUAACUCAGAAUAAAUUAUUUCCCCAUUCGGCGCUCUUAAAAUGCUAUGAGCAGGGGUCGCGGAAAGGUCAAGAACUGUGAUUUGGACAUGGACAUAGCCCGGUGCUCGAUCUGCGGUACUCAGCAACAGCUGCUACGCUGCGCCAAGUGCAAGACCGUCUACUACUGCUCGCCGGCCCACCAGCAGCUCGACUAGCCAUCCCAUCGUCAGGAUUGCCGCCUCCUGGCCCGACAGCGUGCCGCCGCCGCCGCCUCCAGCAACAACAACAAGGCUCUGAUGCAACAACAACAGCAGCAGCAACAACACCGUCAGCAGCUCCAACAACUGCAACAAGCUGUGGCAGCAGCCACUUUGGAGGGGAGUGUCAGUGGAAGUGGCGCUGGCGCCAAUUGCUCCACUGCUCAGAUGAUGACACCCGCCCACCAGGCCCAGAGCUGGCCAGCGGAGGUUGAUAACAUCCUGAACCUGCUGGGACAACCGGGACAACCUCAGACAUCAGUUUCCGACGCAGAAGCUGCCCAAAAGCAGCAGCAGCACCAUCAACACCAUCACCACCAUGGGGAGAAGAGUUCCAGCUAUCAGAUCGGAUUGGCGGAUGCCAGUUUCAUGGGAUUGGGAAGUGAACGACGCUAUGAGGACCUCUGCCGGAACAUUAUCAGCGAUAUGAACCAGUACGGAUUGUCCGUGGUGGACGAUUUCCUGGGCAUGGAGACGGGCUUAAAGAUCCUUAACGAGGUGGGCAGCAUGUACAACGCCGGUGCCUUCCAGGACGGGCUGGUGCACAAUCAAAAGCCCGAUGCUCCCUCCAUAGCGGUGCGUGGGGACAAGAUCCGGGGCGACAAAAUAAAGUGGGUCGGCGGCAACGAGCCAGGCUGCAGCAAUAUCUGGUAUCUGACCAAUCAGAUCGACUCUGUGGUGUAUCGGGUGAAUACAAUGAAGGACAAUGGCAUUCUGGGCCAGUACCACAUCAGGGAGCGAACGAGGGCUAUGGUGGCAUGCUACCCCGGCUCCGGGACACACUACGUCAUGCACGUGGACAAUCCCAACAAAGAUGGGCGCGUCAUAACGGCCAUCUAUUACCUGAACAUAAACUGGGACGCGCGGGAAAGCGGCGGCAUCCUGCGAAUUCGACCCACGCCUGGCACCACUGUUGCGGACAUUGAACCGAAAUUCGACCGCCUGAUAUUCUUCUGGUCGGACAAACGUAACCCGCACGAAGUACAGCCCGCUCACCGAACCCGCUAUGCCAUCACUGUUUGGUAUUUCGAUGCCAAGGAGCGCGAAGAGGCCCUCAACCGGGCGAAACUGGAGAACAGCAAGACGAACAACGUGGCAGCUCAGACCCAGGCCCAGCAAGCAGAGCCUGACUCCACAACCACACCGCCCGCACCCACUCCUGCAACCCCAGCAGCUGCAUCCGCGUCGCCUUCAUCGAGUUUGCCGGCCAGCAUGUCCACAGGCACCGGAGCCUUGAAUGCGAAUGUGUCGAGCAAUUCUUGCGCCGCAAGUAGUGAGAUAUGCACGUAACCCGUGCUGGGAAGACAGCGAAGGGCAACCAAAAAUGUGUAAAUUAUUCCCAACCAAACACACACAAUGUAAAAAAAAUCUAGUUAAAAACUAUUUAUAACCAAGAGGUUCCGGCGGGUCAGAUAUGUGAGAGCGCCCGGUCAACCGGAGCCCGAAUCGCAAAAGUGAAUCAAAGCUCCUUUAGUCGCUAAGCCUUCUAGUUGUAGUCUCUAAGUCUUAUCCUUAGUUAUUCUCGCAUUAACCGUUAGCUUACUGCCUUGUCAGCGUCCAAGUUGAUUGUUUAUUAAUUUUAAUUUGUUGCAACUUUGUCAGGAAUCGUAUCCUAGUUCAUUCAUAGAUUUUUGGCUGCCAAAGUAUUAUACCGGAAGUGCAGUAAACCAGCUUCAAUAAGAACAGCAACAGUCGCGACGCAAAACGCAUCCUAUCUCAAAAUUAAUGCCCUAGCGAUUGCUGGGGUACCCCACUCAAUUUGUCGACUCUCAUGCAUCUAGUUAGAACUCUUUUUGAUAUCGUUUACAUCUUUAACAAGCGAAAAUAUAUGUCUAUCAGAAAUCUGUUCUCUUGUUAUCUAUAAAUUAUAAAAUUUAUAUAUUAAUGGCAUAUCUACAUAUUUAUGUAUGUAUAUUUUUCUAUUAAAUGAAAGCCUGAGCAAAUGA